GAAUCCAUCCGUGCGGGCCAGGUUCCGCGAGUCGGCUGAAUAGGGAGCAUUGGGCCGGUGUUCCGAGUCCCGGCUGAACCCCGGGAGGUGAACCGGCUUUUAGGAGAGUGGCUUGCCCGCGCCACCUGCCUGAGCUAUCCGACGAGGCCUUGGUCUCCCCAGCAAACGCAGAGAUGCAGAUCUUUGUGAAGACCCUGACAGGCAAGACCAUCACACUUGAGGUCGAGCCCAGUGACACCAUUGAAAACGUCAAAGCUAAAAUCCAAGACAAGGAGGGCAUCCCACCUGACCAGCAGCGUCUGAUUUUUGCGGGCAAACAGCUGGAGGAUGGCCGCACUCUCUCAGACUAUAAUAUCCAGAAAGAGUCCACCCUGCACUUGGUGCUUCGUCUGCGGGGCGGCAUCAUUGAGCCCUCCCUCCGCCAGCUUGCCCAGAAGUACAACUGCGACAAGAUGAUCUGCCGCAAGUGUUAUGCCCGCCUGCAUCCCCGUGCUGUCAACUGCCGGAAGAAGAAGUGUGGCCACACCAACAACCUACGUCCCAAGAAGAAGGUCAAAUAAGGUCUCUCCGCCGCCUCAGCCCGCAGGGCGGCCACCUGCCUAAACCCCUUGGCCCGGGGGCCUCAAUAAAGUUUCCCUUUGAUUGACUGGAGCAGUAA